AUGGGUCGAGUCUCUGUCUUGGCUUGGCUUGAGUGCUGGGUUGAUGCGAUCUGGUGCCGCUGCGGAGGCGGGCUGGCCGGUGUCUGUGCUAUUUGCAAGCAGCAGCUAAUGACGACAGGCCCCGGCGAAGCGGAUAGGGAGCCUUCGACGACGGAUGUGCUAAAGUCCGAAACGUGCGAGCAGGACAAGGAGGCUGAGGUGAAUGUCCGGGCGUCGUCAGGUAACUGGCAACAUCAACAACCGAAUGGUAUGGAAAGGAUCUGGCCCUCCGCAGCUUGGAGAUGUGAAGUCGAGGUCGCGUUCUCGACCUGCCAAAGUGGAGAAGGAGUCGCAGCAGCAGACCCCGCCGCCAAUCUUUACGCACACCGAAGAGGAACGGGACAGCAGCUCUUUCUCACAAUGAACGAUUGA